GAGCUGCUUGUUUUUGUUUUGUUUUGUUUUGUUUUGUUUUUAUUUGUGAAGUAACUGAAAAAGAAAUAAAUACGGUAGAACAUGCUAAUAAGCAUAUACAGAUAAAACUUAAUCAAAUGAAUAUCUAGAUAUUGGAGAAAGUGGUAAAUAGGAAAAGAAAAACUAUACAUGGUAAACAGUAUUUACAUCGUUUAGAACAAAUGCACCGGCUAUAAAAGUGUUGUAGUAACACGAGCUUUUUCUGUACACAUCGGUGAUGUAACAGGAUUAGAAGUGAAUAGAGAAAGAAAACAGAAUAUCACAUCGAAAGCUUGGUGGCUACAAUCGUUGAGAUUGGAUAAAGAAUUCAUAUUUAUGGAAGAACAAGCAUUUUGUUGAUUAUCGGGAUGAACUGACAAUACUUCAACUACCGAAAUAGUAACAACUACAAAUAUAUCAGCUCUUGAAGAAGAACCAAAGAAUAAUACUAAUACCAAUCCAAGAGAGAACAAAGCGUUAUAUCAUCCGUUAUUUGUGAAUGUCUAGAGACAAUCAUUUAACAUAACAUUUUACAUCGCUGAAUUUGUAGGCUUUUGGACAAAAAUUAACAGAGAAAAUGCCUGAAUCUGCCGAAGGUGACUGGUCUUUAAUUGAAGCCGCCAGAGAUGGACGUCUUUCAAAUGUUCAAGAGUUGUUGGAAAGCAAAUGUGGUAAUUAUAUCCACCGUGACCAAUCAGGUCGGACACCUUUACAUUAUGCUGCUGAAAAUGGUAACCUACAGAUAUUGUGUUUGCUCAUUGAAGCUAACUUUGAUAUAAACGCUAAAGAUAACCAAGGUCAGACACCUUUGCACAUAGCUUGCCACUAUCGACAAUUGGACAUAGCAACUUGCCUGAUCGCUCUAGGCUGUGAUGUUAAUACGUGCGACGUUCAACACAACACACCACUGCACCGUGCCACACGCUCAAAUCUCGAUCAGUUGGUAUCUAUGCUUUGUGAAUGUGGUGCGUCAGUGAAUGCUCUUAACUGCUGUCAAUGGUCACCAUUGUAUGAAUCUAUUCGAAUUGGCAAUGAAACCAUAAUAUCUUGCCUGCUUGAAUAUGGCGCUGACACCAACUUAAUACAAAGAAAUAACAUGUCACCUUUCCUUACAGCAAUAUUUUACCACCGAAUUGCAUCGCGGAAUAGCUACAAUAUAAGUUCGAUUCUGAAAUCUUUCAUUCAAUACGGCAGUCUUCUGAGUCACAGUGACGGUGUCUGGUCCCAUUUAUCAGCUGCUGUUUCCAUUGAUCAGACGGACGUUGCUAUCAUACUUAUUCUAAACGGAUGCCGCAUUGAAAAGCGUGGACGUUACAGUCGCAGUCUUCUAGUUGAUAUGUUUGAUCGGUGUGAAACCCGAUUAGUGAAACUUUACGUUUUAGCCGGAUAUGCGGUGACUUGGGAUGAAAUUGAUCAAUGUUCACGGCGUGUACCCAGCUUCUCUCGUUCAUUUAUGAGACUCGUUCAACCGGGUUCGGACAUUUCAAGUGCCAGACGACACCUUCUCGAUUGGUUACGUAAACGUAUUAAAACACCUUGUACACUCAGUGAAAUCUGUCGAACCUCAAUUCGUUCUAAAUUAAAUGAAGUCAGUGGAGACACAAACAUCAACCCAUUCAUUGAGCGGUUGCCAUUACCUAAAUCUAUCAAAGCCUAUAUAGGUAUGUCCGAUUGGAUCUCAGAAAACUUGUCUUGACAAUAUUAAUAUAAAUUUCUUUGGACUUAGCUCAAGGCGAGAUUUUGUAGGAAUGGAAUUUAGUCUAUUGAAUUGACUACUGUAUAUUACUGGUGCUUAUUUUAUGAAACCUGAGGUGAUGAGUAAAAAAUAAAGUUGCCACCUGUGGAAUCUGAGGUCAGAAACAAGAAACGCUGCACUAAAUACAAUAAAACAUUUAGUUCGGCGUUAUACUGUUUGUGUUAACAUAACGGAUGUAAAAUAUUCAUGCAAUGACAACAGCAUGACCAUAAUUUAAUCGAUGUGAAUAUUAAGUUUUAUUUUUGUAUGGAUAUAUAUUUAUACUUAUGCUUGUGUUUUUGACAGUAUUUUCAUUUCAUUUACUGAUUUUGGUUUACCUCGACGAUUGCGUCAGCAAAAUAAAACAAAUAUGUUGGGAAAAGAA